AGACCACACGACAGUAUGCUAAAAGUGCUAAAGCUGCGAGCAUGCGCACAGAGACGCUUCUGCUGGUGCGUUGCAUUCAACACCUUGGAAAAAGUGGUAGAUAGAAGGCUCCUCACACUGGUUCUUCUCAGACUUCGGUUGAUAAUCACAAGACGACCACACAGAAGCCUCGUCCGGAAUAGGCCAACUACACAGCAGUCUCCCCAGGAUGAACAGGAGAAGCUUCUAGAUGAAGCUGUGCAGGCUGUCAAGGUCCAGUCGUUCCAGAUGAAGCGAUGCCUGGACAAGAACAAGCUGAUGGAUGCUCUGAAGCAUGCCUCUAACAUGCUAGGUGAACUGAGGACCUCCAUGCUUUCUCCAAAGAGCUACUAUGAGCUCUAUAUGGCUAUCUCAGACGAACUCCACUACCUAGAAGUUUACCUGACUGAUGAGUUUGCCAAGGGUCGGAAGGUGGCAGAUCUCUAUGAGCUGGUCCAGUAUGCAGGCAACAUCAUCCCCAGACUGUAUCUGCUAAUCACAGUGGGUGUGGUGUACGUUCGCUCCUUCCCCCAGUCUCGUAAGGACAUUCUGAAGGACCUGGUCGAGAUGUGUCGUGGUGUCCAGCACCCACUCAGGGGCCUCUUCCUCAGAAACUACCUGUUGCAGUGUACCCGCAACAUACUGCCAGAUGACGGAGAGCAGUCAGAGGGAUCCGAGGAGAUGACCGGUGAUAUCAAUGACUCCAUUGACUUUGUCCUUCUGAACUUUGCGGAAAUGAAUAAGUUAUGGGUUCGAAUGCAGCAUCAGGGUCACAGCCGAGACCGAGAGAAGAGAGAAAAGGAACGACAAGAACUUAGGAUUCUGGUGGGCACCAACCUAGUUCGCCUCAGCCAGCUGGAAGGUGUCAAUGUGGACAAGUACAAACAGAUUGUUCUUCCUGGAGUGCUGGAGCAGGUUGUAAACUGCAGAGACUCGUUGGCUCAGGAGUAUCUAAUGGAAUGCAUUAUUCAGGUUUUCCCAGAUGAGUUCCACCUUCAGACCCUGAACCCUUUCCUGCGUUCCUGUGCUGAGCUCCAUCAACACGUCAAUGUCAAGAACAUCAUCAUUGCCCUCAUUGACAGACUUGCUCUGUUUGCUCAUCGAGAAGAUGGCCCUGGCAUUCCAACUGAGAUCAAACUGUUUGACAUCUUCUCUCAGCAAGUGGCCACUGUCAUUCAAUCUCGCCAGGACAUGCCAUCAGAGGAUGUGGUCUCUCUUCAGGUCUCUCUCAUCAAUUUGGCAAUGAAAUGCUACCCUGAACGUGUUGAUUAUGUAGAUAAGGUCCUGGAGGGCACUGUGGAGAUAUUCAACAAGCUCAACUUGGAACAUAUAGCAACCAGCAGCGCAGUGUCAAAGGAACUUACCCGACUGUUGAAGAUCCCCGUUGAUACCUACAACAACAUCCUGACGGUUCUGCAGCUCAAGCACUUCCCACCACUCUUCGAAUAUUUUGACUACGAGUCACGCAAGAGCAUGAGUUGCUAUGUGCUGAGCAACACGCUGGACUACAACACCACCAUUGUGGCACAGGAACAGGUGGACGCCAUCUUGAACUUGGUAUCCACACUGAUACAGGACCAGCCAGACCAACCAGCUGAUGAUCCUGACCCUGAGGACUUUGCUGAGGAGCAGAGCCUUGUGGGUCGUUUCAUCCAUCUGCUCCACUCUGAAGAUCCUGAUCAACAGUACCUUAUUCUGAACACAGCCCGGAAACACUUUGGUGCGGGUGGAAACCAAAGGAUUCGCUACACACUCCCUCCUCUGGUGUUCGCUGCCUACCAGCUGGCCUUCAGAUACAAGGAAAACUCCUCACUGGAUGACAAGUGGGAAAAGAAGUGCCAGAAGAUCUUUUCCUUCGCCCAUCAGACCAUCAGUGCACUUAUCAAGGCUGAGCUUGCUGAGCUGCCUCUUCGACUCUUCCUGCAGGGGGCACUGGCUGCAGGCGAGAUUGGCUUUGAGAACCACGAGACUGUAGCUUAUGAGUUCAUGUCACAGGCCUUCUCUCUGUAUGAGGAUGAGAUCAGCGACUCCAAAGCCCAGUUGGCAGCCAUCACACUGAUCAUUGGUACCUUUGAGCGAAUGCGAUGUUUCAGUGAGGAAAACCACGAGCCGCUGAGGACUCAGUGUGCGCUGGCUGCCUCCAAGCUGCUGAAAAAGCCUGACCAGUGCCGAGCCGUCAGUAUCUGUGCCCAUCUCUUUUGGUCAGGUCGCAGUACAGACAAAAAUGGUGAAGAGAUCCGCGAUGGUAAGCGGGUGAUGGAGUGUCUAAAGAAAGCCCUGAAGAUUGCCCACCAGUGCAUGGACCCAUCGCUGCAAGUCCAGCUUUUCAUUGAAAUCCUCAACAGAUAUGUCUGCUUCUAUGAGAGGGAGAACGAUGCGGUGACUGUCCAGGUAUUAAACCAGCUGAUCCAGAAGAUCAGGGAAGAUCUUCCAAACCUGGAGGCGAGUGAGGAAACGGAGCAAAUCAACAAACACUUCCAAAACACACUGGAGCAUCUUCGCCUGCAAAGAGAAUCCCCUGAGUCUGAGGGCCCUGCCUAUGAGGGCCUGGUCCUUUAAAACUAUUGUAGAUUGGAAUGAUGUUUCACAAUAUUAUAAAUAUACAACUGCACACACUAACAAGAACACAUAAAAUCCCAUCCUGUAGGCCAGGACUAAAAAUAAAUGUCAAGAAGAGCUAAAAGAACUAGUUCCCUCAUUUUAUUAUUAAUUUUCUGCAUCAGUUCCUCGUCACUGUCACUCACUAGCAGAACUGUUUUCUGCAACAAGUUGGAGAUGUUAAAUUUUAAGAAGCGUGUGUCAGCAACACUGCACUUAGCUUCAUUGUGCACUUGUGGCAAGUCUUCACUCUUCACUAUUCAUUUAUGAAUUCCUACUUGACAAAUUUGUCUUUAACCUGUAUAAUUUUGUUGUCUAUAGUAGACUUAGUAGCUGUUAUAGAUGUAUCCACUGAGUCAUCAACCCCUCACUUGUUCACAUCUUUCCAUAUUGAGAAGUGAAUGUAUUAGCUGAGUGCAUAAAGGCUACUGAAUCUAGUAGUGUUACAGUUGCGUUGCAUACAAGCUAGUUUCCACCCCUGAAUAAUUAAUAACUCUGCUGUUCUUUAGGAUGGCUUUGUGGCAAAUUUUAAAUAAACAAUAUUGUUUCCAUUAAAAACUAAUAAAUGUUUUAGAACCGAACAUCUUUUCAUCUUGUCAGACUUGACUGAUUGGUGGAAUUUAAGUCAAUUCACUUAAUAAUUGUACAGCAUUUUCCAAGUCUUCUGCCAUUCCAGCUGGGCUGCAAAAAAUGACAAAUAACAUCACAAAUCUAGUAAUUUGCAGGUAGGAAAAUUGUCACUUUUUAAUUUUUCAACAUUUGUCUCUCCAUCUCUCUAUAUACUUUCAUGUACUGGGUUAUUUCUGGAUUUCAUCAUUGGAUUGACACAUUCAGAACUGCAGCAUGUGUUUGCAUGCUUUAGUGUGCUUGUACCAUAAGUCCUGGUUUCCACUUUUCUCUAUAAGGAUUCUACCAACUACAUUGUCUGUCUGUGUCAUAAUUUUGUUGAUCAAUGAAAUCCUGUUUCUUGGUGACACUGGUGUCCUUUCAGAAUAAUCUGUGGUGGAGGGAGUGCAGCGGUUCCUCUGGAUUGUAUGCUAGUUGACAAGUUGCCAUACUAAGUAGGCCUACGUAAUGAUGUACAAGAUUGUGUGUAAGAUUUUGGAAUUGUUUGCUUCUACAUCUGACAGUGUCUGCUGAUCUCUCUUUCUUAAUAUUGUUGAUUUGUUGGAGGCGGUAUUGAUCAAUUUCACUCCCCUUUUCAAUCUGUGUGUAAACCCACAUGUAAAUCUCAAAGAAAAAAUAGCAAUUAUUGUCAUUUGGUGAAAUAAAAUUUAAAUUAACAAUA